GCCUUUCCUUGAACAACAAGAAGUUAUGCCUCCGAGAAAUAUCAAGGAGGUUCUCCAGAAGAAGCUGGAGGAAAAAGAGAGGGAGAAGGCCCGACUGCAGAAGGCUGGGGGUGCAGCCGCUUCGGGCUCGGUCCCUAGCAAGAAAGUCCCACCUCCCCCACCCUCUAAAAAGCGACCACUGAGCGCUCCUCCUUCCCCGAAGGAACCACCUGCGAGCAAGAAGGUGAGGGCGGCCACUAAGGGAAAGGGCCAAGAGGUGGAGCACCCGAAAGAAGCCGCCGGAGAAGGAGAAGGGAGGGUGACUGCCCUCGAUCUCGAUCUUGACACCCCAUGGGUGCCAAGCUUCAUCACACCUAGCAAGAAACAGGUCCUCAAAUCGGAUAGCUUGAGGGAGGAUCCCUCCCUGGCUUUCACCCUCCACUCGGGGCUAGCUUUGCCGAGGGAUGUACAGAAUCCCCCCUCUCUGAAAGCGGCCCUGAGCGAAUACUACUAUCACGCAGGAAGGGCUACCCAGUCCAUAAUGAGUGCCCAGCUGCAUCUCACCGAAUAUGACAAGAAGUCAAAACUGCAAAAGCAGUCGGUGGAAUACAACAAGGCCCUGGCCGAGGAGUACAAGAAGGGGUUGGAGCAAUCCGAGCUCGUGAGGCAAAGCCUCGAGGUUCAGGUCGCCAAUCAAAAUGACCUUAUCAAGGGGUUGCAGGAGUCUACCGAGCAGACUAGAGCCGAAGGAAAAGAUGAGGGGCUGGCCGAGGGGAGAGCCUUGGGGAGGGAAGAGAUGAAGAAGGAGAUGGAGAAGGAGGUGCAGGGGCAGUAUGAGAAAGGAUACGCCCAGGCCGAAGAGGACGUGACCGAUCAAGUCCUUGAAGUGCAGGACGAGAUCAAGGAGGCCCAGCACAAAGAGAGCUUUAUGCUCGGCUACAACAUGGGUCUCGACGAUGCAGGCGCUGAAGCUGACGACGAAAGGAGGAGUCUGGUGGAAAUACCACCCUUCGCCCCUGCCGAAGUUAUAGCAGAGGAGACAACAGCCGACGCUAUCGACUCGACCACCUUACCAGCCCCGGCCGAAGCUCCAAUCCCACAGGCCCAAACCGACGCUCCAACCCCACCAGCCCCAGCCGACGCUGCAGCGGAUUAGAUUUGUUCUUGUUUGGUCUGUUUUUGUCUUUUGUUUUGUUUUUGCAUAUUUGUGAAAAUGGUCGGCACCGAACAAUGGGAACCCUGCCGACCAUUGGAUGUAACGAAAACAUGGAGAAUUUCUUUUUAAAUGACAAUCGUCUUUUCGUUCGGUAUGGAUGUUGUUUUCAAGUAUAUAAAUAUUUGCCAAGUCUUUUUAUUCGGUAUAUACAUCACAUCUCAGAAAUUUUUCAGAAAUUUUUAAAGUCUUUUCAUUCGGAAGGACUGUUUAUGUGAUUUUGAAGUCAGUGAGAGAUGAACUCAGGUUUACCCAUAUAGUAGCCCCCUGCCCUAUUGUAUUACCGUAGGAAUAGAAUAAGGCAGUAGGAUGGGAAAACUGAGCCGAAAAAGUGAUCAUGAGUUUCGAGAAUUUCACCCGA